GUGUGUGUGUUGAUGCCAAUUAACUCUUGUGUGUUCAUGUUCCCGUGCGCGGCCAGGGGCUCCGCAGCUAGCCCUCAGCUAGCCUCUAAUUAAUAACCAAAUCAUCAUCCUCUCGUCGGACGAAAGGAUGCACCAUGAGCCCGAUAAAUGACGGGAUCCGGAGCCGCUAAGGGUUGAUUCGCGACGGUUUAAUGAGCCCACAUUUUCGGCCCCCCGGCUCCUGGAACCUCAGCACACCGAGAAGCAGACCUCCGUCUGCGGAUGGAAAGAAGGGAGCCUCCGGUUCAUUUAUUUAGGAGGAGCAGCUAACCUUCGUCAUAUUGAGCCGGGAUUUUCCUUUAGGCUUAACAGAAAGCUCCAGGUUCAGAUGUAACUCAAGAAUAAAGCAAAAGCUUUAGAUUUCUCUCCAGUCUUUCCCAACAUCUGUUUUGCUUCAGUGCAUUCCAGUGUUGUUCGCUGCCUCUUCGCCAAGCUAAGAGAUGGACUGGGCUGCUCCAGCUGCCAAACUGAACCCAUACUCUCGAGCCCGCAUGACUGAAGCCUGGCAACAGCAAACCGUCGCUCCGCCUCCGGUUGUUCACACGAUCCCAGCUGGAGCUGAGAACGCCCUGAGCUGUGCGGUGUAUGGGAUUGUGCUGCAGUCGGACGCAUCAUCGCUGCAGCAGCAGCAGCAGCAUGGAGGUGGACAGCAGCACGCCGGCGGACAGCAGCAGCAGCAGCAGCAGCAUCCUCCUCAAGCACAGCAAAGCUCCUUGCAGGUGGGAACGGAAUCGGGACACAAAUGUGGAACAUGUGGACACGACAUCUCCCACCUGGCUAACCCGCUUGAACACCAGUGCAUGGUGAGCCAGGACAGGUCCUUUCAGUGCACCCAGUGUCUGAAGAUCUUCCAUCAAGCUACAGAUUUGCUGGAGCACCAGUGCGUUCAGGUGGAGCAGAAGCCGUUUGUGUGUGGGGUGUGUAAGAUGGGUUUCUCCCUCCUUACCUCUUUGGCGCAGCACCACACGUCGCACAACAGCAGCAACCCCAUGAAGUGCUCCAUAUGCGAGAAGACGUAUCGACCGGGCUCCUCGGGGAACACCACACCCACUUCUUCAAGCAGCUCCCAGCCGUCCAGCAGCGACGGGGCGUCGGCAAGCAGCAGCUCCUCCAUCCUGCCUUUCCCCUCGGCUCGAGACCGGCCAUACAAGUGCUCCGUCUGCCAGAAGGGCUUCAAGCACCUCUCAGAACUCACACGGCACGAGAGAGUGCACACGGGGGAGAAACCCUUCAAAUGCGACACGUGCGACAAGGCUUUCAGCCAGUCGUCGCAUCUGCAGCACCAUCAGCGGACGCACAGCAAUGAAAGGCCGUUUAAGUGUGCCGUGUGCGAGAAGAGCUUCAAACAUCGCUCCCACCUCGUCCGCCACAUGUACGUGCACUCCGGCGAACACCUGUUCAAGUGCAACUUGUGCGAGCUACACUUCAAAGAGUCCUCGGAACUGCUUCAUCACCCCUGCCACCCGCAGGGCUCCCGGCCGUUUCGCUGCGCCACCUGCGGUAAGGGCUUCAAGCGGCCGUCAGACCUGCGCCAGCACGAGCGGACGCACUCCGAGGAGCGCCCCUUCCACUGCGACGAGUGUCAGAUGAGCUUCAGGCAGCAGUACGCACUCGUGCGCCACAGACGGACGCACAAAGACCCUUCUGACCGGCCGUUUAAAUGCAGUUUGUGCGACAAAGGCUUCAUGCAGCCCUCCCACCUGCUUUACCACCAGCACGUCCACGGCAUGGACAACCUCUUCAAGUGCGCCUCCUGCCAGAAAGAGUUCAGCCAGUCAGGGGAGCUGCUCAGACACAAGUGUGGGGAGGCAUCCAACUCCUCGCCUGACAAGCCGUACAAAUGUGACGUCUGUGGGAAGGGAUACAAAAAGAGCUCCACCUUGCAGCGCCACCAGAACUCCCAUUGUCAGGAGAAGCCCUUAAAAUGCUCGCUCUGCGACCGGCGCUUCCUGUCCUCUUCAGAGUUCGUCCAGCAUCGCUGCGACCCAUCCAGGGAGAAGCCCUUAAAGUGCUCCGACUGCGAGAAGCGCUUCAAGUACUCGUCGGACCUGAACCGCCACAGGCGCGUGCACACGGGCGAGAAGCCCUUCAAAUGCGAGCACUGCAGCAAGGGUUUCAAACAGCGCGAGCACUUGACCAAACACCAGAGCACGCACUCCAGGGAGGGCCAGUUCAAGUGCGUCUGGUGUGGAGAGCGAUUCAGUGACUUGGGCUCUUUGCAGGAUCACACCGUGCAGCACACUUCCGACAGCGGCGGAUACAAUGUGCCGCAGUGCAUGUGAAUCGUGACUCUUAUUCUCCGUCCUCCUUCCAGAGGCCGUUUUUACGAACCUCAGCAUCACUCGCAUUCAGAAUAGUUGUGGCCCGCAUCUGGUUUCGUGAAGUCACAGUUUGUCGCAAUUAACGGAAAUUGAAGGUCUGCUUGAAGUGUCAAAGAAAACAUUUCUACUCAUCAUUUAUAGCUUUUUCACCAACUUUUUAAAAAAUCUAUUCAAGUUUAUUAAGUUUUGUAGCAAAGGUAAAAGUGGAUGUUUUAGAGAACAAUAAAAAAAUGCAUUUAUUACUAGUACCCAUAGAUCAGAUGGAGAUAAGAGUUCUGAUUGGUGCAAAUUGUAAAAUCCCUGACCCCCACGCCAUUUCAGUGGAACUAAACCAGAGCACUGCAACAUGCAAAAUCCAGAUCAUCGUCACAAUAACAACUGGGUCGCUAUGGAUUUUUUUGCAUGCAAUAUUUGGGUGAUUAUUAAACUGCAAUAGAGAUGCAUGAACACUGCAUAGUAGUGAUAUAUUUGACCAGUCCACAGACUUUUUCUGCCUCAAUAUAGAUUCCAGUCAUAAAAAAACUACUUUUCUAAAUUCCUGUGUGUUUCAAAGCUACCUCCACUACCAAAACUCGUUUUAAAAUGUUUCAGGGUUUUUUUUCAUGUUGUGAGAGUGCUUACAGAGGAAAUACAGUCAGUUUAAGUUGGAAUCAAACAUUCCAGCUCAAGGAAGAUGAGAUAUCGGCAUCAGGCCAGAAAAACCAGAUCAGUGCCUUUUUAACAUCUUCAUAUCGUUGAAUUGCGGAAACUUUAUGACGUAUGGGUAAUUCAAACAAAUUUAAAGGCUUUUUAUACCAACAUAUAAUAAAUUGGCUGCUUAAAUCAGUUUUCCUAUGUUUACAUAUAUUGCAGAGAAAUAUCAAUUUUUUUUGCCAGGAAAAUUGGACCCUGCUGUUAAAUUUACUGUCACGAACCUUCUCAAGUAAAUAAAAUGGUCCAUUUGAAAAGUGUUCAGAUGGCCCAUUUUUCUUUUCUUAAACCUCAAUGUUUUAUUCGUCCAUCCCAGGCUCAGUAACAGCUUUAUGGAGGCUAAAACAGAUUUAUUCAACUGCAGGGCUUUUCUGAGUCACGCCUACUCUAAAACAUUCAAUUUUACACAUUAACCCAUAGAAGCAGAAAGGUCAUUAGAUUGUAAACCGUUUCUUUUUCUGGUCUGCAUUUGUAAACCUUGUGAACCUUUACGAUGAAAAGUUAUCACUGCGACAUUCGUUCACUCUUGUUACUAUUUGGUACCAAAUCAUUCAUGUUAUAUUAAAGAUUGAUCCUUUUAUUUUGAUUUUAAUUUAUCUGCUUUGCCCUUUUUUCCCCCUCAUUAUUUUGCCUGUUUGUGCAAAACCUGAGUUCACCUCACAGAAUUUCCUAAGUGUUUUCAAACCCCUGCUUCUCAACUGCAGUCACUGUUAAACGAAAGUACACCCUCCUCCAUAAUGAUAGGAACUGGUCCUUAAAGGCAGCAACACGAAUGAAUUUAUUGCCGUUAUCAGUUAAUUAAAGUGGAAAAGCCUAAGUGCAGCCCAUGGUUCAGCUUUCUGCUGCUCUCCUGCUUUGUACUGAUAUACAGACUGAUUAUAACAUCAUUAUAACCUAACUUCUCUGCUUUAAUUUAGAGAAUAAACUAAAGAUGCAGAGAUGUGGAGGUUCAAUCAGAUGCAACUUUGCUUUUUGCAGAUAGGAGGCGCUCUUCACCAGUUAAACUAUUUCCCCUCGUUCUGUUUUUUUUCAAACUGUCAUAUCAGGAGCUUUAACUUGAUUAACGUGCUAAAUGAGACACGUAAAGAGGAAGCUCAUGGGGUCUUAUGUUCUGCACCACCUGAGGUUGAGGUUAACAGCUUAGAUAUCCACCUCCUCUACCGCCUUUAAGCUUUUUUACGGGUUCGUAAUCUUUCUCGUUGCAUCUUAACACCAUCGCAACAUCUGCCUGUCCAAAUGUAGGGCUUUAUAGAGCGUCUCACACUGAUGAUGAUCCGUUAAAGUCUUCAUCAGAAGCAGUUUGCUGCUAUUUGUGCCCUAAAUCCUAUAGAAACAGCACUUAGUUUUUCCGCUUUUUAACUUUAUCUAUCUUUAAAUUUGUUUACUGUUUUUUUUUUUACAAUUGAAGUAAGAUUUUGAUUAUUUUUAGAACCAGUAAAAGUAAAGGGUUUACUUUCUCUUUGUAUUGACCGAAGCUUCAAAUCUAUCUUUAUUUAUCUUUGCAGUCUUAUUUUAAAGUUACUGUCGCAUUAGAAUGGCUGAGGGAGCAGUCAUAUGAAACCUGUCACUUUAGACAUGUGAGAAAUGAUUAAUUAUGUCAUUUAUACAUUAUUCUUAUCAUAUUCCUGCAGAGGCCAGUGUUUUUGGAUGAUGGAUAUUGAAUCCUCUCUCAGCUUGUAAAUACUGCAGAUGUGUGAGCCAAAAUGGUCAGAAGCUGUUUUUAUCUCAAGGUUUUUCUUACAUUUUUUUACUACUUGAAACGUUUGGAGGAGAUGCACCCCUUUUUUGUUGUUGUUGCUGUGGUUGUUUUUUUUUUUUUUUUCCUGGUCUGUGUAGUUUUAUGGUGCAAGUAUGUUGCGGGGAUUCUCAGAGAGAGACACCAGUGCGAGUCUAAGUGUGUAAAUGUAAAAAAAAAAAAAAAA